AUGUCAACUACACAACGGAGUGAAGGCAUGAAUGCCUUUUUCGAAGACUACGUUAACUCUAAAACAACUUUGAAACAAUUUGUUGACCAAUACGAUUCAGCCCUUAGGAGAAAGGUUGAGAAUGAAGCAAUUGCUGACUUUAAUUCAUUCAGCACAAAGAUUCCUUGCAUCACUCGAUAUCCUCUUGAGAAGCAAUUUCAAAAAGCAUAUACAAUUGCUAAAUUCAAAGAAGUACAAGAGGAAUUGCGAGGACUUAUAUAUUUGACUACCACUUUUUUGGGAUGUGAGGGUGCUCGAUAUAAGUGCGUAGUUGCCGAUGAGGUUCAAGUUAGUGAUAACUUCCUAAAAUGUGUGAAUUUCACUGUCGAAGUUGAUGAAGAUCCCCUUGAUGUUAAAUGCAGUUGUAAGUUGUUUGAGUUUAGGGGCAUAUUAUGCAGGCACACUCUUCGUAUCUUGACUCAACUAGGCAAGGAUACAAUACCAUCAAAAUAUAUCUUGGAUCGGUGGAAGAAGGAUGUAAAGCGAAAAUGCAUAUUCGUGAAAAGUAGUUAUGACACUAGUAGCAUCGACGAUACCCGAAGGUACGAUAGGAUCCAAAAUGCCUUCUAUGAACUGUGUUACAAUGCUUCAAAGGCCGAGAGCAGGUGUGUGAAAUUGAUUAGCCAGAUAGAACAAUUGAAGGUACAGUACCCUGGUAUCGUUGAUUGUGAUACUAGCACCACAGUUGAUCCAGUUACUUCUAUGGAGGGCACGACAGGUAGAGUUCUUAGUUCGUUGCGAAGUAGUCGCGCUUCAUAUGAAUGCAUUGUGAGCGGCACACAGCAAGAGGCUCCUCAAACUCAGGAUCAACAAAGUCAAAUUUGGACACAUGUGCCAGAUUUUUUUUCAACUCCUUCGAUUGCUACGGAUUAUUUUGGCACUGAAGGGACUGCUUCUCCCUCACAGUACACACCUCAUCAAGCAUACACUAGGGAUAAUUUUGGUAUUGGACAGAUUGCUCCUCCCUCACAGGACACAACUGAUCAGGAUACACUACGGAGGCUUUUCAUAUUGGAUUGA